UUUAAGGGUUUAGCAUUAGAAGGGUGUUUCAGACUCGGAACACAGCACAAACCUUUAGAACAUCCAAAAAUAUUGUGUGGCAGCCUCCUUGAAACUUGUGACUUCAUGUAAUUCACAUAAUUCUGACCGUCGCGGAAGAUCUUUCUCUUCUGAGAUUUCUUCAAAAAGAACUUAUAUCCAUAUUAUUGUUUUUGUCAAAAUCAUUCAUUGAACAACAACCAUGUUGAGAAAAGUUUCUCACAAGAUGUUAGAUUACCAGCAACUCUGUCGUGGAAAAACUCCUAUCCUCUUUGCUACAGCACCCACUGCUAUAAUCUUUUUUGUCUACGCAAACAGUAUAAUUUCUACUGUUUCUUUACAAUAAUUUUUUGUUGACACUAAACAAUUUUCUGGGGAACUACAUGUUCAUACAACUGAAAGACAAAUCACGUUGACAGCUAUCAUUAAGCAACCACUGCGUUCUAUGCAAAAAGUGAUUAAGGAAGUUGAUCAUAGUGAACAUCACAGUUCUGUAAUUCCGCCCUUCAAUCUCACAGAAGAAGAAAGAAUUGCGUGGUUUCGGAAAAAGGCACCGGGGUUUGAGAUUUUGAAGUCAAAAAACUUGACCAAGGAAUUUCAUGGUCGAUUUCUUGAAUUUUUCAGCAAUGAGUGUAUUGUUCAAAUCUCCAUGACAUGGAUUUCGCCGGUAGCAUCCUUUGAAAGAAGAGAGUUGGAAAGUGUGUUCAAAGUCCACCCUCAUGGCUGCUUGUUGAUUCUAUCAAGAGAUAUGGAUUCCAUACAAGGUUGCAGGAUUCUGAAACCACUACUUGACCAUAAGUACAGAGUUGCUGCAAUACCUGACUUGUCCUUUAUGUUCAAGAAAACUCCAGCAGAAACUUGGUUUGAAGAGAUGAAGAGUGGGAACAAAGACCCUGGCGAAAUUCCAUUGUCUCAGAAUCUAUCAAACCUCAUUAUACUUGCAGUUUUAAACAAGUAUGGAGGGAUUUACCUGGAUACAGAUUUCAUUGUCCUAAAAAGUUUUGCAGGCUUGAGGAACGCAAUUGGAGCACAAAGUAUUGGUGUGUCCAAGAAUUGGACAAGAUUGAACAAUGCAGUUCUAGUCUUUGAUAUGAAUCAUCCACUACUUUUCAAGUUCAUAGAAGAAUUCGCUUCGACUUUCGAUGGAAAUAAAUGGGGGCAUAAUGGACCCUAUUUGGUCUCCAGAGUUGUGCAGAAAGUGGCUGAGAGACCUGGAUAUAACUUUACAAUCUUGCCUCCCAUGGCAUUCUAUCCAGUUGGUUGGAAUAGGAUAGGUGGUUUUUUCAAGAAAUCAGAAAGCAAUGCGGAAUCAAGAUGGGUAAAUGCCAAGCUACUUCAGCUUAUAAGUGGGGAGACUUAUGGGAUACACGUAUGGAACAGGCAGAGCAGUAGAUUCAGCAUUGAAGAGGGAAGUAUCAUGGGUAGAUUGAUCUCAGAUAAUUGUGUCAUUUGGGAAUACAAAUAAAGCUCUUGAAGAAGAUUUAUGAAUAGAGAUGUAUAAAGUUUCUUCAAUCAGGUAGCUGCACCCGUACAGAGUCAUCAGAUACAGAAUCAACAAAAAUCCUCCCAUUGUUUAUAGAUGAGUCCACUCGUUGCUUGAAAGUCCCAUAUUUCUUCCAAGAGUCUUUUGUAUCUUUAUUUGUCGAUUUCAUUCAUCUCCCAUUCAACGUAAAUAUCACAACGAGGACAUAAAAGCAAAUCUCUCGCAACAAAGAUGUAAUUUUAUUUUUUGUUCUGAAUUAUAGGCGACUAAUUGUUUCA